AUGGUUGGAAGAAUAGAAUUGCAAGAAUGUCUUCGGGAUUCUCCUAAGUUCAGGAGUUUACUGGAGGAGGAAGAGUUGAGUGUAGAUCAACUGGAGUCCAAGCUGGAUAAAAUUUUAAAAAUUUGUGGAUCAAUGGUUGAUUCUGGAAAAACAUAUGUUGGACAACAGAGCCUAUUUGCGAACAGUUUGUGGGAUUUGAGUACACAUUUCAAUGAUGAUCCAAUGGUGCUCUCGUCAUUGAAUAAAUUGAUCCACAGUUUACAAGAAAUGAAUAAAUUCCACACUAUUUUACUAGAUCAAGCAUCACGUACCAUAUUAAAGAAUCUCACAUCAUUUGUGAAGAAUGAUAUCAAGAAAGUACAUGACUUCAAACAUCACUUUGAAAAAAUAUCAACAGAAUAUGACUCUAUUCUUGCCAGGAAUUCACAUACACCUCGAAGUAAACAACAAGAGGUUGAAGAAGUUCAAAAUAUAUUGGUUGCCGUGAGAUCGUGUUUUGGACACCAAUCUUUGGAUUAUGUGAAUAGCAUAAGUGUUCUGCAGUCCAAAAAAAGAUAUGAAAUAUUGAGCACAUUGUUGUCAUACAUGCAUGCCUGUACUACAUAUUAUCAUCAGGGCUCUGAUUUGUGUGCAGAUUUGGAACCAUUUUUCAAAACGUUGGCGGAUGAAAUAGGGGUUAUGAGAGAUGAAUCAUACAGAGUUCAGAAGGAAUUGGAGAAUACACAUUCCAUUGUAUCCAAUCUGGAACCAGUUUCAGUAAAAACUGAUAAGAAUUCCCCUACUAUGGAAGGUUAUUUAUUUAAAAGGACCUCUAACGCUUUUAAAACAUGGAACCGUAGGUGGUUUUAUCUUUAUGAUAACAAGUUGGUAUAUAGGAAGCGAUCUGGAGAAGAACAUGAAACAAUAAUGGAAGAUGAUUUGAGGUUAUGUACCGUUAAACCAGUAUUAGAUGGGGAAAGAAGAUUUUGUUUUGAAGUGUUGUCCCCUUCAAAGAGUCACAUGCUUCAGGCUGAUUCGAAGGAAAUGUACGAUUGUUGGAUACUAGCUUUACAGAAGGGCAUCGGUGCUGCCAUCCAGAGGGUUCAGAGUAUUGAUUUUGAUCAGACCAAGAAAAAUGAUUCCAGUAUCAUAAGAUAUUCAGAUUACAUUUCCAAUAGGCCUAGGCAUGAUAACAACAAUCGGACCAAAAAACGAAUGUGGGAACAGUUACUAAAAAUUCCUGGAAACAACCUUUGUUGUGAUUGUGGAAGUCCUAAUCCACGUUGGGCUAGCAUUAACCUGGGAAUAACCCUAUGUAUUGAAUGUUCAGGAGUUCAUAGAAGCUUAGGAGUACACUAUAGCAAAGUUCGGUCAUUGACGCUGGAUGAUUGGGAGCCGGAAAUCAUCAAAGUUAUGGUGGAAUUGGGAAAUUCAGUGGUUAAUAAAAUUUAUGAAGCUGAAUUGACUGAUGAUGUGAAAAGACCUUCUGAACAAUGUCUUGGGAUAAUCAGGGAAACCUUCAUAAAAUCCAAAUAUGUAGAUAAAAAAUUCGUCAAGUGCUUGCCUCAGUUCAAUAAAAGCUCUCCCUCCUUCAACCGCAACUCUCGGUUGAGCCUCAUGGAAGUCAGAAAAUGGAGUGUUAGGAAGGUGAGACGAAGACCAAGGAGCGGCGACAAAAGGGAGAAAAAGCAACCGAUCACCGCGAUCGCUAAGGCGACCAACAUCGAAGAUAUCCCCGAAAGUCUGGAGAGCAGCAGCAGCAGCAGCGGCGCGGGCAGAGACGAAGACACUGGCAGCGAGUCAUCGAAGAGGAACAGUCUGAAGAAGAGGAGUAGCGUGCUGUUGUUCGGGAACGAUCUCGAUAAGCAGCCUAUCGAGGGGGCGAUCGAUCUUAGUAGCGAUCAGGAGUCGACUGGGGGUGAGGAGGAGAAUGAGAUUGUUGGAGAAGAAGAUAUUGCUAAGCUUCAACCGAACUCUCUUUUAUACAAAGCUGCUGCCGCCCAUAACCUUCCAGUGAUGUGUGAAGCUCUUGCCUUAGGUGCUGAUAAAUCUUGGAACAAUCCCGACGAUAAGGGAAGGAGUCCCCUCCAUGCAGCAGUAAUUAGUGGUUCUGUCAUGCCUUGUGCCUACCUCUUGCUUAACGGUGCGAAACUCAACGCUCAAGACCAAAACGGCAAGACCCCUUUGCUGCUCGCCACUCAAGAGGGUCAUACGGCCCAAGUGUGCCUCUUUCUGAAACACAGAGCCGACCAGCACCUGGAAGACGACGAGGGGAAAGUCCCGCUUGCCAUUGCCGAACAAAAGGAGCAUGCCGAUAUCGUCACAUUGUUGCGAUUGGGUAGACUGAACGAUGAAAUGAAAGACUCUGAAAUGGGAAUCUCAGGUGACGACACAUUCAAUGAUGUGGUGAGAGAUUUCUCCCGACUAGCUUGUUCACACCCAGAAAAAUUGCAGAGGCCAAAAAAUGAAGACGAAUAA